GUGGGCGGAGCUCUGGUUUGUUAUUUUGUAUCCUGACUGACUUUAUUUUCUGUAAAGUUUUAUUUUCGCGGCGCUUUUUGAUUAAAGGCGCGUUUUAGGCUCCGCGCUGCGCCACGUGGGAGUAAACAAACCUGAGACGGAAACAAACAGACGCUGGUUAUCGAUUAACCGCAUAAGUUUACUUGCGGUCAGUUUGCGCCAUCAUGCUGCGUUGCAGAAGUUUGGCUCUCCUGUGCAGAACAGCGGGUCAGAACCCGGCCUGGACACGAACCUGGAGCAACCGAACCGGUCUGGACCUGAACGGGAUUUACCCGCCUCUGUCCACCCCGUUCACCGACACCGAGGACGUGGACUACCGGAAACUGGAAGAGAACCUGCAUAAGUACGCCAAGAUCCCCUUUAAAGGUCUGGUGGUUCAGGGUUCGAAUGGCGAGUUCCCUUUCCUGACUGAGGAGGAGCGGGUAGAGGUGGUGAAGCGCACCCGAAGCUGCCUGCCUCCAGAGAAACUGGUUCUGGCCGGGUCCGGCUGUGAAUCCACCAGAGCCACAGUCCACCUCACUGAGAAAAUGGCGGCAGCCGGCGCCAGCGCUGUCCUCGUUGUAACGCCCUGCUUCUACAAGGGGAAGAUGGACAGCCGGGCUCUGAUCCAGCACUACACGAAGGUGGCCGACAGCAGUCCGGUGCCCGUGGUUCUGUACAGCGUACCAGCUAACGCGGGGCUGGACGUGCAGCUGGACGCUGUGGUCGAACUGGCUCAGCACCCCAACAUCGUGGGCCUCAAAGACAGCGGAGGAGACAUCACCAGGAUGAGCCUGAUUGUUCACAAAACCAAAACGCAGGACUUCCAGGUGUUGGCAGGCUCUGCGGGGUUUCUCAUGGCUGCCUAUUGUGUUGGUGCAGUGGGCGGAGUCUGUGCGCUGGCCAACAUUCUGGGCCGGGAGCUGUGUGAUUUGGGGAAUUUGUGCGUGAACGGCCGCUGGCAGGAAGCCAGAGCUCUGCAGCAGCGGCUCAUCGAACCCAACGCCGCUGUAACCAAGAAGUUUGGAGUUCCCGCCCUGAAGCAGGCGAUGGAGUGGUUUGGUUUCCACGGCGGCGCCUGUCGAUUGCCUCUUCAGCCACUCACGGAGGCUGAAAUUCAGCAGCUCAGGCGAUUUACAUCUAAUGGCUGGUUGUGAGGUGACAUCUGGAACCUGUGGCGGCUCAUUUUGACCGCGUGAAAAUCAACCUGCAGAUGAAAAUCAGCACCAACCCGCUCAGACAACUUAAUAUGUUUCCUGAUAAAUACUGACAUGAAUUCUUCAUUUUAAAAAUAAAAUAUACAUCAACUUCUCUGUGCAUUUAGUUUUCAUUUAUGCAUUUAAUUUUCUUACUGCAAUGCAGUCGAGUUAUAAGUUUUAACUGUUGCAGC